AGUUUUUUUUUGUGCAAAUGUCAUAAUAAUCAUACGAAACUCAUAAAAACUCAUUCACGAAACUCACAAAGCAUUCAAGUCGUGCAGCUAAAAUAUAAAACCAAAAAACAUUCGAGUAAUCGAAACAUACCCAUUAAGGAGCGCUCAUAAUGGCAGGUCCAUUUAUAUCGCCGCUGCCCGGCGAUCUGCUCACGGAGUAUAUGUUUGGCCGUAGACGACAGCGCCGGAACCGGACGACAUUCACGCCACAGCAGCUGCAGGAGCUGGAGGCACUGUUCCAGAAGACCCACUAUCCCGACGUGUUCCUGCGCGAGGAGGUAGCCCUGAGGAUCAGCCUAUCCGAAGCACGCGUCCAGGUCUGGUUCCAGAAUCGACGGGCCAAGUGGCGCAAGCAGGCACGAUUGCAGCUGCUCCAGGACGCCUGGCGGAUGCGGUGCCUCAGCCUGGGCACGCCCCCCGUCAUGGGCGGCGGAGCGGUACAGGGGGGAUCCGGCAACGGUGCUCCGGGUCGACCGCCCAGCCAGACGCCGGAGAACCUCUCCUCCGCCAGCAAGGAUUCCGAUCUGGCGGAGGUAAGCAAUGGACCCAGUGCGGGCAGCUUCACCAUGAUGCACCCGGCAUUCCAGCAGCAGCAGCAGCAUCAGCAACAACAACAGCAGCACCAGGGUCACCAGCAGGGCACGGAUCAAGAUAAGCUAUCGAAGACCUAUACAGAAUUAAAGCUCUAUAAGGCGCCGUCGCACGGCAUGGAACUGGGCGGAAUGGCCGCCCUAUCCGGACACUCCGACGAGGGUUCCGAUGGAUCCGAUUCCGAGGAGAUCGAUCUCACCUCCGGCGCCUGUAUCGACUUCUCGCAGAGCAGCAAGCUCCAACAGCAGCAGCAGCAACAACAACAGGGCACUCAGGGGGCGUCGGGAUCAGCGGAGGCGAAUGGGGUCCUGUAGACACGGACUUUUAUCAAGAUACGGACAGAUACAACGAUACGGACACGGCUACGGAUGCAGAUACUGAAACUCACAUUUGUACAGUGCUCACUCGCCCCUUUCGAUCUGAUAUUUCCUUAGAACACCUAUUAAAAAC